AUGGCCUCAACAGCACAACACGCUUCCAAGUUUACUCGUUUCUUAAACUCCGAAACUGGUCCUAAAACGGUGCAUUUUUGGGCACCUGUCUUCAAAUGGGCAUUGGUCAUUGCUGGUAUAAAUGAUUUACAAAGGCCUGUUGAGAAAUUAAGUGGUACCCAACAAAUUGCUUUGUUUGCUACUGGUGCUAUAUGGACUAGAUGGGCUGGUUUUGUUAUCAAGCCUAGAAAUCCCUUAUUAGCUUCUGUCAAUUUCUUCUUGGGUGCAGUUGCUGGUUACCAAUUGGUUAGAAUUGUUAAUUACAGACGUGAUUUGGGAGACUCACCAAUGCAAGUAUUCAAGUACAUUAUAGAUGGUGAUCCAACCAAGCAAAAAGAGCAAGCAGUACCUGUACCAUCCAUUGAUAAAAAAUAG